GUUAUCAUACUGGUUAGUUAGCUAUCACUGUCAGCUGCUGGGAUUUGGGAGCAGGGGAGAUAUCUUUUGUUUUGUUUUGGAAAACAAAUUGGAUCCUUUUCUUAGUUAUCAACGAGAAUGUCAACGAUGCGACGAGCAACACAUUCUGGUACCUGGUAUUCCAGUUCAGGUAAAACUCUGAGUGGUGAGUUGGAAGGAUGGCUGAGUAACGCAGAAAGAAGUGGCUCUCCUGCUAGGGCCAUCAUUGCUCCCCAUGCAGGAUAUAGCUAUUGUGGAGCAUGUGGUGCACACGCCUAUAAACAGGUCAAUCCUGCUAACAUAGAGCAUGUAUUCAUCCUAGGCCCCUCCCAUCAUGCGUAUCUACCUGGGUGUGCCCUUACGACAUGUACCAAAUACCAGACCCCUCUAUAUGACCUAGAUGUUGAUCAAAAAGUGAACCAAGACUUAAUGAGCAGCAAGAUGUUUGAGACCAUGUCUGUUCAAGUAGAUGAAGAUGAACACAGUAUAGAGAUGCAUCUACCAUACAUAGCAAAGGUCAUGGAAAGUAAAAGGGGUAAAUUCACCAUAGUGCCAGUGCUUGUUGGAGCUUUAGACAUUAAUAAGGAACAGAACUUUGGCCGUCUAUUUAGUACUUAUCUUGCUGAUCCUCGCAAUCUCUUUGUAGUUUCUUCAGAUUUUUGCCACUGGGGAAAACGAUUUAGGUUUACCUACUAUGACAAGAAAUAUCCAAAGAUUUAUCAAUCAAUUGAAGCAGUAGAUAGAAUGGGUAUGGAUCUGAUUGAACAGUUAGACCCACAAGGCUUCGCUGCAUACCUCAAGAAAUACAGUAAUACAAUCUGUGGAAGGCAUCCCAUUGCUGUGCUUCUCAAUGCCAUCACCAUUGCAAUUAGCGAGCGGCAGAACGGAUCCGGACUCCACUACGAGAUGAAAUUCCUCCAGUAUGCCCAGUCCAAUCAGUGCAAGCUUCAAAGCGAUAGCUCCGUCAGCUACGCAGCUGCUGCCCUCACCAUGAGCUAAUACAACUUCAGUCUGUGUUACGCCCUCUGUAU